CGAGAGACCUAGGGCGGAGGGCCUGAGGCGGCAGAUCUGAACUUGAGGAGGAUAUAACCCAAACUUUAACUACAUCAGUCCGCACCUCACGCGUGGAAGCAAAGGACGGGUUAUCUUUUUAAAUUUUUUUUUCACCAGAGAGACUCAAACUUCGGCACUUGAUCCCUCUUCCUGGAUUGCUUUGGAGGAGACGGUUUGGUGACAACGUUGGGAACAGUGAGGACAGCGUUGUAACUCAUUUUUAAAGCGACAGUAGAUCAGACUUUUUAAAUGUUUGGGAUCCAAGAUACUUUAGGAAGAGGACCAGCUCUGAAAGAGAAAUCGCUGGGCGCCGAGAUGGAUUCGGUCAGGUCCUGGGUCCGGAAUGUCGGCGUGGUGGACGCCAAUGUCGCUGCGCAGAGCGGAGUAGCCCUGUCCCGGGCCCACUUUGAGAAGCAGCCUCCUUCCAACUUGAGGAAAUCCAACUUCUUUCACUUCGUCCUGGCGCUCUACGACAGGCAGGGGCAGCCAGUGGAGAUAGAGCGCACCGCCUUCGUAGACUUUGUGGAGAACGACAAAGAACAAGGCAACGAGAAGACCAACAAUGGCACCCACUACAAGUUACAGCUCCUCUACAGCAACGGUGUCCGCACGGAGCAGGACCUGUACGUAAGGCUCAUCGACUCGGUCACCAAGCAGCCCAUAGCUUACGAGGGACAAAAUAAGAAUCCGGAAAUGUGCCGAGUUCUCCUGACACACGAAGUGAUGUGCAGUCGAUGUUGCGAAAAGAAAAGUUGUGGCAACCGAAAUGAGACUCCUUCAGACCCUGUCAUCAUCGACAGAUUCUUUUUAAAAUUUUUCCUCAAGUGCAAUCAGAAUUGUUUGAAAACAGCAGGAAACCCAAGGGACAUGAGAAGGUUUCAGGUCGUGUUGUCAACAACGGUGAACGUGGAUGGACACGUGCUGGCUGUUUCCGACAACAUGUUUGUUCAUAACAACUCAAAGCACGGGCGGAGAGCGAGAAGGCUGGACCCAUCGGAAGGUAGUCCUAUCUUCUUAGCUACUCCAUGCAUCAAAGCCAUUAGCCCGAGUGAAGGCUGGACCACCGGAGGAGCCAUGGUCAUCAUCAUUGGGGACAACUUCUUUGAUGGCCUCCAAGUGGUGUUUGGGACUAUGCUUGUAUGGAGUGAGCUAAUAACUCCUCAUGCCAUCAGAGUGCAGACUCCUCCUCGGCACAUUCCUGGAGUAGUAGAAGUGACAUUAUCUUAUAAAUCCAAACAGUUCUGCAAAGGAGCUCCAGGGAGGUUCAUUUACACAGCAUUAAAUGAACCCACCAUAGACUAUGGCUUUCAGAGACUGCAGAAAGUCAUCCCAAGGCAUCCUGGAGAUCCUGAGAGAUUAGCUAAGGAAAUGCUGUUGAAAAGAGCUGCAGAUCUGGUGGAGGCGCUCUAUGGGACACCACACAAUAACCAGGACAUCAUUUUGAAGCGUGCCGCAGACAUUGCUGAAGCCCUGUACAGUGUCCCCAGGAAUCCCAGCCAGAUCCCAGCUCUCUCCAGCUCUCCAGCUCACAGUGGCAUGAUGGGCAUCAAUUCUUAUGGCAGCCAGCUUGGGGUCAGCAUCUCAGAGUCAACACAGGGAAAUAAUCAAGUCAUGUCAUCAAGUCCCACUGUUGGAUCUUCCAGCACGUCCUCCAUCCUCCCAUUUUCCUCUUCAGUUUUUCCUGCUGUCAAACAGAAGAGUGCCUUCGCCCCCGUCAUCAGGCCCCAAGGUUCCCCUUCACCUGCUUGCUCCAGUGGCAAUGGAAAUGGAUUCAGAGCCAUGACCGGACUUGUCGUGCCCCCAAUGUAA